CCUCCGGGCUUGCACGUGCAGUUGUUGUGGUCCGACGUCACGUGGUCCCGGAAGUACGGGCACGCACAGGCUCCGCCUCCAAGAUGGCGGCGCCCACAGCGCACGGGGACGUGACCGGCGCCUGCUAGGUCUCGGCUUGUAUGUAGCCUGGGCUCGGCCUGCUGGGCCAUGGACCGGCCGGGGUUCGUGGCCUCGCUGGUGCUGCUGCAUUUUUUAUCACCUACGAGUAUGUGAAAUGGCUUUUGCACACGGAUUCAUCUUCGUACUUGAUGCCCGGGAAGCAUAUGUUGGCAGCCUCUGGCGGAGAAGUGGUUGCCUGCCUGAUCCGAGUUCCAUCUGAAGUGGUUAAGCAGAGGGCACAGGUAUCUGCUUCCUCGAGAACAUUUCAGAUUUUCUCCAACAUCUUAUAUGAAGAGGGCAUCCGGGGUCUGUAUCGAGGCUAUAAGAGCACAGUUUUAAGAGAGAUUCCUUUCUCUUUGGUCCAGUUCCCCUUAUGGGAGUCCUUAAAGGCCCUGUGGUCCUGCAGGCAGGGCCGCGCGGCGGAGUCCUGGCAGUCGGCCGUGUGCGGGGCCCUCGCAGGUGGGUUUGCGGCCGCCGUCACCACGCCUCUGGAUGUGGCCAAGACGAGGAUCAUGCUGGCCAAGGCCGGCUCCAGCAGUGCCAGCGGGAACGUGCUCUCGGCCCUGCACGGGGUGUGGCGGUCGCAGGGGCUGACCGGGUUGUUCGCCGGCGUCGUCCCCCGCGUGGCAGCCAUCAGCCUGGGCGGCUUCAUCUUCCUGGGGGCGUACGACAAGACGCGCAGCUUCCUGCUGGGAGUCGGCGCGGGGAGACCGUGAGGCGCCGGCGUCCAGUCCUGGCGACACCAGCCUUGACAAGUGCCGUGC